AACAACAAUUAACGGUGAAACCACACCCAGCAAAUAGCAUAGCAGUGAGUCGCAGCAUCACAAAGCCAAUCCCGCGAGUGUUGUUGUAUAUUACCGCGCCCGAAAGUGUUCCCAAUGGUUGGCUGGAUGCGCACAGAACCAUGGCACCUUUGUUUAACCCAUUUUUACGGAUCGUACUGAUCGGUACCGUGCUGCAGCUGGUAGCUGGCCAGCAGGGAAGCGGUUUGCUGCGCAGCGGAAACAAUCCCUUCUACGACGAACCUGACGAUUACCUGCUGCAACAGCAGCGCACGCCCAACAACGUUGACGAUAUCUUUCUGCGGACGGGCGAUCUGCGCAGUGCGGAGGAUUACUUCUGCCCGGAGCACUGGACCGCAUUCCGUGGCACCUGUCUGCGGGUGCACAAGUCACCGCGCAAGAGCUGGUACGCAGCGCAAAAGAUCUGCCAGGCGUACCAGGGCGAGCUGCUGAGCGUCGAUACGAUCGAGAAGCAUUCGUUCGUGGUGAAGCUGCUCGAUCGGGACGUGAGCAAGCUGAAUCGGUAUUACGUAUCGGCGCGCCAAGUUUCACCAGGCAACUGGGUGAACGCGGACAAAAGCCAACUGAUCGCGAUCGAGGAUGCGAUCAACUACGAGCUGCUUACCUCAGACACGAACGAAGAGUUUCAGUCGUACUUCGAGGGUGCGAACGUGCGGAACACGAUUGAGCAGGAAGAUUCGGACGAUCCGAGACGGUUCUAUCAGUCGGAUCGAUACCGCAACCGUAACUAUCUCGUGCUCGGCUUUAACAUGCACAAGGAGAAAUGGCAGUUCUAUCCGGUGACGGGCGAGGAGCAGUACCUGUUCAUCUGCGAGUCCCGCACACUGUACAGUGCGGACAAUCUGAACACGAUGCUUGAAGAUCGGCGCCAGUUUGACUAUGGGCUGGAACAAACCGAUGUGGAACGUAUUCCACGCGGACCGUACUUUAUUCGGCAGCCGGUUGACACGACGUACGAUACGGGCAAGGCAAGCAUUACACGUGACGUCACACUAAGCUGUCUGGCGGGAGGGUAUCCUACGCCCCGCUACAGCUGGUACAAGGAGGAGUACGUAAAGGACAAUCUCACCGUCAUUCAAAUCGAUCCACUACGAAACGCACGACACACCGUUAGCGGUGGUAAUCUCAUCAUACACCGACCGUCCCAAAAUUUGGAUCAGGGCACGUAUCACUGUACCGCCCAGAACAGCUACGGCAAGGUGAUCUCCGAAAGUGUACAGCUUAACUUUGGCUACAUACUCGAGUUCAAUCUACAGCGCGCGCCAGAAAAGGGUGAGGAAAAUUGGGGCAAAGCGUUAGUUUGCGAAGAACCGCAGCAUUAUCCGGACGUAAAGUUUUACUGGUCGCGCAAUUACUUCCCGAACUUUGUCUACGAAGAUCAGCGCGUCUUUGUCAGCCACGAUGGUUCGCUGUACUUCAGCUCGCUCGAGGUGAUGGAUCGGGCGAAUUAUUCCUGCACGGUAAUGAGCACGGUUAGCGAUACGGGCCGAAAUGGGCCAUUUUUCGAACUGUCUGUAUCGCCCUCCCCGCACUAUCAGGAUCUUAUCUUUGCCAACUCGUUCCCGAAAGCGUUCCCGAAGGUACCGCUCGCUGGGAAGGAUGUGCGGCUAGAAUGUAUGACGUACGGGUAUCCGGUCGCAUCGUACAACUGGACGCGCCGGAACGGUAAUCUACCCCGGAUGUCACGGUUGGAGAAUUACAAUCGUGUACUGCUCAUACAGAACGCCACCGUGAACGAUAAUGGCGAGUAUCUGUGUAAUGCACGGAACGGGAAGAAAUCAAUCACACAGAGCAUCUUUCUGAACGUGCAGAUGGAACCGAAUUUUACGAUACCGUUGCGUGACCGUACCAAAGACUUCCAAAGUACGGUAUCGUUCCUGUGCGAGGCGUACGCAAUGCCGGACGUUAACUAUACCUGGUACAAAAAUGGCGAACUGAUGGAGGAAGAUGGUGGUGGUGGACGGCUCAAUCGGGACAAGUACACGGUGCAGGACAAUCUGCUGAAGAUCAACUAUCUCGACCCGGAGGAGGAUAAUGGCAUGUACCAGUGUAAGGCGACUAACCAGCUGAAAGGCGUCUACUCGGCGGCACAGCUGCGCGUACUCAGCAUGAAACCAUCGUUCAAGAAGCAUCCGCUCGAGUCGGAAAUUUACAGCAUUGCGAACGGUAAUACGACCAUCCGUUGUGAGCCGGAAGCUGCCCCUACACCGAAGAUUGUGUGGAAGAAGGAUGGUAAUGUGAUCGGUAGUGGUGGGCACCGGAAAAUAUAUCCGACCGGUACGCUACACAUCGCGCCGACGUCCCGUGACGAUGAGGGUACGUACACCUGUAUCGCAUCGAACACGCAGGGUAUGGCGGAAUCGAAGGCACGGUUGAUAGUGCUGCAGGAGUUACGCUUUAUCGAGCAGCUGCCACCGAAACAGAUCAAACAGAUCGGUGAGAUGCUGUUUAUGCGAUGUGACGUCACGUACGAUCAGUUGCUAGACGUUGCGUUCGUCUGGACACAUAACGGCCAGGUGCUGACCGGGUACGACGAUGAGGAUGAGCAGCGACGCCAUCAGCAACCGAUUGGACCGGCACCGGACGGUGCACGCAUUCGCAUCCACUACAACACGCUCGAGGUGCACAAUCUCACCCUGGUGGAUGGUGGCGAGUACGAAUGUGUUGCAAAAUCUUCCGUCAACCGUAUCGUAUCGAGAGCGACCGUACUCAUACAGGGACCGCCCGGUGCACCGGGUGCGGUGAAGGUGAUUGACAUUAAGAAAACGGAAGCCCUGCUCGAAUGGACGAACGGUAAUGAUAAUGGGCGGCCGAUCCUUUACUACAACAUACUGGGCCGUACAAAUUGGAACCGAACGUGGGCGAACGUGUCGAUGCACGUGAUAGCACAGGAAGCGGAUCGAUACAAUGGCCGCCGGCAGGCAACCGUCACCAAUCUGACACCCUGGUGCGAGUACGAGUUUGCGGUCGUUGCCGUUAACGAUCUUGGUCUCGGUACGCCCAGCCUACCCUCACCGAAGCAUAGCACAAACAAGGACCGGCCGUACAUUGCGCCCCGCAAUGUGGGUGGUGGAGGUGGUAAGAUCGGUGAUCUUACCAUCACCUGGGAUCCGCUGCAGCCGAAUGAGCAGAACAGCAUCAACGUGCACUACCGUGUGUUCUAUCGUCUGCACGGACAGCGCGAAUGGGCCAGCGAAGAACUGCAACGGCAGGGCAACACCGGGAAGGCGGUCAUACACGUGCCGACCGACAAGUACUUCACACGGUACGAGGUAAAGGUACAGGCGGUGAACGAUCUCGGUGCCGGACCGAUAAGCGAACCGGUGGAAAUCUUCUCCGCGGAGGAUAUGCCACAGGUGGCACCGCAGCAAACGAUCGCACGCAGCUUCAACUCGACCGCACUGAACGUUACGUGGGUACCGGUUUCGCAAACGCGCGAAACCAUCCGUGGCAAGCUGAUUGGACAUCGGCUCAAAUACUGGAAGAAGGAACACAACGAAGAAGAUUCGGUUUACUAUCUGUCACGCACCACCCGACCAUGGGCGCUCAUUGUCGGUCUCGAGCCGGACACGUACUACUUUGUCAAGGUGAUGGCGUACAAUGCCGCUGGCGAAGGACCGGAAAGUGAACGCUACCUCGAGCGUACCUAUCGUAAGGCGCCACAGAAACCACCCUCAUCGGUACAGAUAUUCGGCAUUAAUCCGUCAACGAUCAAGGUGACCUGGCGCUAUAUCGCACCGUCACAGGAUGAGGAACCGGUGCAAGGUUAUAAGAUACGCAUCUGGGAGAUGGAUCAGGAUAUGUCUAGCGCGAACGAUACGGUCGUGCUGGUCGGCCGCAAGCUGGAGAAGUAUAUCGACAAUCUUACGCCUGGCAAAUCCUACAAUCUACGUGUUCUCGCAUACAGCAAUGGAGGAGAUGGUCGCAUGUCCAGCCCGCCGAUCCAAUUCAAGAUGGGCAUUACACAAACGCCUCUGAACAGUGCCACCAAUCUGUCCGUUUCGAUCGUUACGCUGAUCGCACUGUUGGGCGCAUUGUUGUGUCUCCCGUAGCCAUCCGGUGCGGGACUCAUUUCCAGCAUUCUCAGCCAUUCCACAGCAAAACCGCGCCGCAAACGAGGUGAAAACACUCCCCGUGACCUGACCGAUCCCGGCCGAUGUGUGGGAUGUGAUGUUUAGGGAGUAUUGAUCCACACGGUUGCCUUCAGGCCCUUCCUGCGAGUGAGCCUUGAUGUCUAGCUUUAGUGUAGAUUAUUUAGUUAUAUAGCCGGAGGAAGAAUUUCAUGCUAGAGAAAGGGGGUGAGGCAGGAAACAGACACGAAGAAGGGAAAAUAGAAUGGUAUUUUGAGUGUUCGGUAGGUAUAGUGAAGCAUAAGUAUUUACAACAAAAAUUAUCAACAUCCGUCCGUAGAUGAGUAAGAGAGAGAGAGAGAGAGAAAGAGAGAGUGUUGCAAGAGACGAUCCGUCCAUAGUGAAAGCGCAGCGAGGAUGACAAUGUUUACAAUUUACUAAUUUACAAACAGAAAACAAAAAACUCCUGAAAUAAACUAAUACGAGCGAUGGAAACGGUA